UGAUUUUUGACAAAACAGUUAUGGGUAAAAUGUUGUGUUGUGAAAUUUGUGUUCCUUGUUUAUUUCUCAAUCCUAUUUUAAUAACAUUUGGCGCUUCUUUUAAAAUUUACCCUCAAGCUAUUGUGGCGCCACCCUAAUUGAAUGCAUUUCGUCGGACACUUUUCAUAUACAUAGAUGUUACUCCUUACCUUAACCCUCCAUAUUUCAAACGCUAUUCGCGUAUUCUUAGAGAAUUUACAUCGAUUAAGUUGUACACAUUGAUAAAUGUUGUGAAGUUUCAUUCAUUCCAUUCCAUUUCAUAUCCGAUAAGCUAAAUUCUAUUCGCAAAACCCUUUACUUUCAGAUUGUUCUCAACUCAAUUGGUCGAAUGUUUCGCGGCAUAUAUGUAGAAUAAGGGAGCCAUUAGACAAAAGAGUAAAAAAUAAUAACUGUCGGAGUUUUUAGUAUUAACACAAGUUAAACGUAAGAAAAAUAAGAAAGAUUUCUUUUUUUUUUUUUACAAUGGAGAAAGAAGGCAUCUCGUGUUUCGAUGAUACACCUUGAAAAUCAACUCAUACUUGCAUACAUUAGAUAUUUAAUUGAUUCGCGAAUGAAAAAAAAGAAAAAAAAAUACGUCAUAUAAUCAAAGAACAAAGUAUAGUUAGAAGUUUUCAAGGUGUUACUUUUACUUUCGUCUGGGCAUCACUGCCAAAGGCAUUGGACUCAACACCGUGGCAUGUUCAAACGACGCACUAAAGAUCCAAAGACAAUUUUGGAUUAUUGAAGAUUGAAGAUCAUCUGCAAUACGAUGAAUUCAAAUAAUUGUUUCAAUUUAUCUCCUAAUAUGGAGAGAAUGUGUAGAAUAUGUUUAACCGAAAGUAACAAUUUAAUAUCUAUUUUUUGUCCUAAUCAAGAGGACGAUAAUUAUCUAGGACUUGCACAAAAAAUUCAAGUAUGUGGUUCAAUAGAUAUUCAUGAGCAAGAUGGAUUACCAUCUUUGAUCUGUGAAAAUUGCAUUUAUAAAGCAAACAUUGCUCAUGACUUUAGACAACUAUGUCAACAUUCCAAUACCAGACUACGAUUGUAUUAUAAUAAUCCUGGAAAAUGCAAUGUUAUGGAUUCUUGUACACAAACAGAUCUCUCUCCAUGCAUUGAAUUACCAAAACAAAUAACAAAUACGCAAGACAAUUCUUUCGUUAAACAAGAAAUGCAAAUAGUAUCUAAUUCACAAGAUUUUAAUAAUACUAAUAAUACUUUUACUACAAAUACACCCAAUCUUGCAACUACUGACAUUGAUAUGCAAGAUGAUAAAAUUUUCAUGAGUUCUAUCGGUUUUGAAGGUUCUACUAAUAAAGUCAUUGGUAAAGAAGAAUGUUCAAUAGAAAAUAAUAUCAAUCAAGGUUCAGCUAUUGAAUCUGCUUCUCAAAUAGAUACAUGUGAUAUCUAUAGAAUGAUGGACGUUGAUGAUAAACCACAAAUGGAGGAACAUGGUAUUAAUACUAAAGAAUCAGACAAACAUUCAAAUUCAAAAGCAGAAGAGGAAGAUGACGAAGAUGAUGAAGAUGAUGAGAUGGAUGAACAACAAUUUUCAACUGAACGUAUGUCUGAUGAUACAGGAACGGAAAAGGAAGCACCUCCACAGAAACGUACGUCAAGUAGGAAGACAAAAUCAAUGGCAAACAAAACUUACAGCGAAGAUGAAGGUGAUGAUAAUUAUUAUGAUCCUAGUAGCGAUAGUCAAGAUUCGGAAGAAUUAAAAUUCAAAUGUAAAAUUUGUUUGAAACGUUACGCCACGCAGAAAGGUUUGAAAAAGCAUUCUCUUGUUCAUGAAAAAAAGCACAAAUGUAAUAUCUGUUUGAAAUUAUUUUAUAAACAGGAAAAUAUGGAAAAGCAUAAAAAGAUACACGCGUCUAAACCACACGCUUGUCAAUUGUGUCAUGCGUGUUUUUCCAAAUCUCAAAGUUUAAUACGCCAUUUAAAGUCACAUACGGAAAAGGUAAAUGAUAUGAUUAAACAGAUAAAUACGGAUGAACGUAAAGACGAUGAAAAUACGAAAAAAGAACCAAAAUGUGAGGAUGAUACUGAAGAUGAAAGUUGCGUUAACGUAAACGAACCAGACGAAUUUGAAAAUGCUCCUGAAUUAUAUAAAUGUGAAAUUUGCGAUCAGUACUGUUCUUCAUUGAAAAAUUUAAAAAGACACGCUCUCAUACAUGGCGAUAAAAAAUAUUCAUGCACAGUAUGUAAAAAAUGGUUCUUCAGACCAGACACGUUAAAAAAACACGCCGAAAAGCAUGGACAUGGAUUAUUGGAUAAUUUAGCAGAGGAUAACAAAUUAUUUGAUUCGGACGACGAUGCUUUUCCAAAUGAUACGACGACAACUAAUACUUUACCAGAUAAUGAAACUAUUAAGAAAGAAGAUAGCGAAGAAGAUGGUUCUGGUGAAUACAAGUGUCAACAUUGCGACAAAAUUAUGGCUACUAAGAAAGGUCUUAGGCGUCACGUGUCCAUGCACAAGCCUAAAGCCGAACCAGUAACUUGUGAAAUUUGUAAAAAAGUUUGUGCUAGUCAAGCUCGUCUUGUUCUUCAUCAAAGGACACAUAAACCUAAGGAAAAAGUGCCACGAGAAUAUUUAUGUCAUAUUUGUAGCAAGGUAUAUCCGAGUAAUUCGUCACUAACAUACCAUAUGAGAACUCAUUCAGGAGUGAAACCACAUGUUUGUAAAACAUGUAACAGUGGAUUUACAACAACUACCAGUUUGGCAAAUCAUAUUCGUAUUCAUACGGGAGAUAAACCUUAUGUAUGUCAUGUUUGUAGUGCAGCAUUUGCUGUUAGUUCAGCAUUUAGGAGACAUUUGACACGACAUACAGGUGAAGCUAAUUAUCUCUGUAAAACGUGUGGCAAAGCUUUCAAACGACUUAGUACACUGAAAGAACACACUUAUACACAUUCUGGUGAAAAACCUUAUGUUUGUAAAACUUGCGGAGCUGCAUAUAGUCACAGUGGUAGUUUAUUCGCACAUCAGAAACGUUGUCGUGUCCAAUAUGGUGAAAUGGUUACUGAUGAACAUCAUCAUGCUGUUGCUCAUCAUAUUCAUGUAAAUAACGUACAAUCUACAGUGAGAUCGCUUACUGUGAUAGGCCAGUUGUAUUGAAAAAUCAAAUAACAGUUAUACGAAACACUCCUAUUUUACUUUACAUUAAAUAUUUAUGUAAAAGUCAAUUUGUGGCUUUUUAUGUUGCAUCGUUGAUGUAUUUUAUCGAGAAUAUUUUUGAAUGUAAAUAUUUA